AUGGAGAGAGAACCCAAUUCAUAUAUUCAACUUCCCCCUGGUUUUAGAUUCUACCCAUCUGAUGAGGAGCUCAUCGUGCACUAUUUGACAAACAAAGCAACCUUAACUCCACUUCCAGCAUCUAUUGUGGCUGAAGUAGAUCUUUACAAGUACAACCCUUGGGAGCUACCAAAGAAAGCUUUGUUUGGAGCAGAGGAAUGGUAUUUCUUCACCCCAAGGGAUAGGAAGUACCCCAAUGGAGUGAGGCCUAAUAGAAUGGCAGCUUCGGGUUAUUGGAAGGCAACAGGAACAGAUAAACCCAUUCUCAAUUCAUAUGGAGCGAAGAUGAUUGGGGUGAAGAAAGCUCUAGUUUUCUACGAAGGGCGCCCUCCAAGAGGAGUUAAGACAGACUGGAUCAUGCAUGAAUAUAGAUUAACGGAGACGAUGAUACGGACUUCCAAGCACAAAGGGUCCAUGAGGUUGGACGAUUGGGUACUCUGUCGAGUUCGGAAGAAAAGCAGCAUCUUGAAAAAGAAUUGGGAAGAUCAAAACAGUUCAAACAGCGAACAAGAUUAUCAUGUUCCAAAAGUAGAGAAGCCAUGUUCUAUGGAUGCAAACGCGAGCCUUGACAUGAUCAGAGAGUAUCUAUAUAAAGAAUGCCCGAUGUUACCUUAUAUCUUCACCUCUCCGGAGCUUCCUUCAAUGGACACAGUUUCUAACAAAAGCUUUGAAGGUACAAAGGCUUAUUCUUCAGUCCCACUUUUCAAUGGUUUGUUUAAUGCACGAAAGAGAGACCCCAUUGAAGAAAUUCGGUACAAGAGUUUCAUUCAAUCGAAGAAGAAGAAGCUAAACAACAGAGAUGAUCAAGAAGAGGAAGUUUUACUGUCUGUAAGCGAUGAAAGCACUGAGAUGAAUUUCUGUAGUACAGAAAGCUACGAAUGCAACAAUUUCAAUGCUAAUCAAUGGAGUUCUACAAUCCAGUAUCAAGAGCUCCAUCACUUAGCCUUCUCGUGA